CCGUUUCUUGUAAACAACAGAGAGAGUGUCGUUCACUUCAAGGAUCUCCAGGAGAUGGCAGUGUUUUCAUUUUGGUGACUACUCUGCUGGCUUUAUUUCAGGCAAAGGCUACUGUUUAAAACAUCACGUGAUAACAAUGCUUAGUUUUGGGCCAGUCAUAAUAAUCGGAUAUGCUGAAGUUCAGAGUUGCUGCUUGUUGAUGUUCUUGACAUCUAAUCCUUGUCACAAGGUCUCUGGAUAAGAGGAGUGGCUAUCACAACAACAUAUAUUUACACAGACUAUAUCCUCACACAACACACUACAGGCUGCACAGCAUGUGCAGAUAACAAAGGAACAAAAUGGCAGUGAACAACACUAUGGAUUAUUUAUCCAACUGCACUUUCCAAUCUAAAAUGAACUUUUCUGGUGAUCCAUUUUAUGAGUGCAUGGACUCUUAUCCAGGAAAUAUUCUCACUGCCACCGGUUUACUGAUGAACGCUGUCCUUCUGUUGCCUGUGAACUGCUGGAUUCUGUGGCUGGUGAGGAGAACUGUCGAUGUUGCAUCCUCAGACUUUGUCAUUUUAAAUCAGUCUGUUGCUGAGAUCAUUAAUGAGGUUUCUCUUGUUAUUUUUGUGUUAGGUGCUUUCCUUAAUAAGAAAGCUCUUAUUCUUACUGCUAUUUUCCUGUGCAGCGCAUUCCUGGUGGGUCGACCACUUUUUCAAACCGUUUUCUGUGUGGAGCGCUACCUGGCUGUGGUCCAUCCGCUGGUCUACCUGAAAUACACAAAAAAACAUAACAUAAAACUGCUGUUAGUUGUGCUUGUCUGGCUAAUUAUCUUGAUGGUUGGACUGUUUAUUGUGGAUUCCUACCCUAAAAUGCCUAUAUGGCUUUGCAUGGGACUAUAUCUGGCAAUGUUAGUUGUGUGUUCAUCUUGCUCUGUCAUUAUUUUAUGGGUUUUGAAGAAGCCCAAGCCUGGUGACGGAGGGAAAGAAGCAGCAUAUCAACUGAAGAGAAAAGCUUUUGUAGCCAUCACAGUCAUCUUGAUCACUCUGGUGUUUGGCUAUGGGACGGUCUCAUGUGUUAUUGUACUGAGGGAUCAACUUCCAUAUCACACUUAUUGUUCAGUUCUAGGCUUAAGUUGGUGGACCCUUAUACCAAGUGCUGCAGUUCAACCUUACCUCUACCUGUCAAAAGUGCAUAAAGUAUUUUUCGUCCUGAACUUCUUGAAGAAACUACAUAAAAGUCUUGCAUUGUUUGGUAACAAAUAAUUUUAAACUAUUAUCAGUACACUAAAGUAUCAGCUGUGAUCAGUUCAUGCAAAAUACAAACAAUUAAAGCAUUUUUACAAUAACUUUGCAAUGACCAUCAG